CCGAACCCUGAGCCGCGCGCCCAGCCCCACCAUGGGCAACAGCGCGGGCCGCAGCGACUUCGAGUGGGUCUACACGGACCAGCCGCACACGCAGCGGCGCAAGGAGAUGCUCGCCAAGUACCCAGCCAUCAAAGCCCUGAUGCGGCCGGACCCUCGUCUCAAGUGGCUGGUGCUGGGGAUGGUGCUGGCGCAGCUGCUGGCCUGCUGGCUGGUGCGGGGCCUGCCGUGGCGCUGGCUGCUCUUCUGGGCCUACACCUUCGGGGGCUGCGUGAACCACUCGCUGACGCUGGCCAUCCACGACAUCUCGCACAACACGGCCUUCGGCACCGGCCACCCUGCCCACAACCGCUGGUUCGCCGUCUUCGCCAACCUGCCCUUGGGUGUGCCCUACGCCUCCUCCUUCAAGAAGUACCACGUGGACCACCACCGCUACCUGGGCGGCGACGGGCUGGACGUGGACGUGCCCACGCGCCUCGAGGGCUGGCUCUUCUGCACGCCGGCCCGCAAGCUGCUCUGGCUGGCGCUGCAGCCUUUCUUCUAUUCGCUGCGGCCGCUCUGCGUGCACCCCAAGGCCAUGACCCGCAUGGAGGUGUUCAACGCCCUGGCGCAGCUGGCGGCCAACGCCACCAUCUUCACCCUCUGGGGGCUCAAGCCCAUGGCCUACCUGCUGGCCAGCUCCCUGCUGGGCCUGGGCCUGCACCCCAUCUCGGGCCACUUUGUGGCUGAGCACUACAUGUUCCUCAAGGGCCACGAGACCUACUCCUAUUAUGGGCCCCUCAACUGGAUCACCUUCAACGUGGGCUACCACACGGAGCAUCACGACUUCCCCAGCAUCCCGGGCUGCAACCUGCCCCUGGUACGGAAGAUCGCGCCCGAGUACUAUGACCACCUGCCCCAGCACUACUCGUGGGUGAAAGUGCUCUGGGACUUUGUGUCUGAGGACUCCCUGGGGCCCUACGCCAGGGUGAAACGGGUGUGCAAGCUAGCAGAGGACGGCCUGUGAGCCUGGCGGCCGGCGCCCCGAGUGCACGGACCCUGCUGCGCGCUGGCCCUGCUGCCCGUGCCUCGGUGCCCGGUGGGAGCAGGGCCUGUGCUCUCUGGUUGCUGCCCGGCCUCGCCCCACCCACCUGCUACAGGGCUGGCCGUCACCUGUCCCCAGGGCGUGUAGUGCCCAGAACUGGUUUGGCUGCAUUUGCUUCCCGCACCCUAGGCUGCUGAUCUUGUCCCCCUGGAGCCCCGAGACCACGCCUGGAGACAGCAGGCACGGGUGGCAGCCUGGAGAAGCUUGGUCUGCACGUGGACUGGUGACUGCAGGCUGGGCCCUCCCUUUCAGGACGUCACGGGCGAGGCCUGGACGGGCGCUGGGUGCUGGGUGCCCAGGGAGCUGAUUUCUCUGGCGUGCCCAUUCCCUAAAUUAAAUCAGCAUGUUUUCAAGUCCACAGAUGGUGCUUCCCAGGGGUGGGCUCGGCUCCUGGCCGGCAGGGCCUGA